AUGAUGAGUAUCCGGUUGCGGCGAAUUCAUGCCUUCUCCUUCCUCCUCACCUUCCGAUCCGACUUCCCUCAAGUCCACCGCCAAGACAACGAUGAUUCCUCCGCCGUACCACCACCGGUUCUCCUUCCAUCUUCCAUCACCGCCGCAAUUGAGUACCAACCUCACCACCGUGACCACCCACCUCCACCGCCUCCUCCUCUCCCCAUAGCCCUAAUUCAUCUUUUCCGCCUUCUAUCUCCUAUUCCUACAUGCUCCUCACUCUCUCCGGUACCAAAAUCAUCUUCAAUCAUAGAAUCUUCCACAAUUUCUCUUGAUCCUCAGUUUUUCAUCCAACCACCAAGCUUAACCAGAAUCGUAUCCAUGGAGGAUAUCUCUAGAUCUCCGGUGAAAAGAAACGACGGACUCCACCGCUACUUAAAACCAGGCAUGGGUGCUCUAGUGUCUUGGUAUCUACUACCUCGUAGAUCUCCGUUGAUGAAGUCACGGCGGCUUCCUUGUAACUGA